UUACAUAAGCAUACUUAACCCAAUUAAUAUAGGAUAGGUUUCCAAAACAAUACAUUUCGAUUGAAAAAAAACAAAACUCUUGCCGUCUCAACACUCUCGCCGUUUCAAACUUCUCGAAUCUCACUCGUCUCCGCCUCUCGAAUCUCUCUCUCAUCUCCAUAUCUCUCGAUCUCCGACGAAAACCCAUCUCCAGAACUCUCUCUCUCUCGAUCUUUUACGCGAGCUCUCUCUAUUCUCCGAGAAAAACCAUUUCUAGAGCUCUAUCUCUUGAAGGUAUGUUGCAGAUUCAACCUUAUGUGUGUUUUCUUUCUGAGAGAUUGGUCUCCUGGUUUUUGCUUGUGUAUAGACUUGCUCGUUUUAACCUAAUAUGAUUCGUAGAAUUCUAGUUCAUGUGAAAGCAUGUGUAUAGACUUCGGGAAGGAUUUGUAUUUUUUUCAGGAAACCCUUCCUGAAAAUUGGAUUUUAAUUAAUUUAGACAAAUAAAAUUUUUCUUGUUUACGCAGGAUAGAAACAAGAUGGGAGAUCCAUUACCAUUAAGACUAGCACUGCCUGAGCUGAGGUAUCCGAUUGGAUCAGAGCCAGAGAAGACGAUAUCGAUAAACCAACACUCGAUAGUUGCUUAUAUCAAAACUGUUAAGGAAAUUCUAGGAAAUGAUGAGUUCAACAGAAUAAGAGGGACGUUUUUGGGACCGGUGAUCAAGCUUGGAGAGAGGUCUUUGAAAUUAUCAGCUAAGAUAGUGCACGCAGUUCUCACCAAAAGCAUCAAGACAGUGAAGAGACACGAAGCAUGGUUCCAUUUUGGUGCUCAGCCAAUGAGGUUCUCUAUAAGAGAAUUCCACAUGGUGACUGGUUUGAAAUGUAGUGGUGAAGCAAGAGAACCACGAGAGGGAACCGAGAAAUUUAAGUGGGACUUCCUAAAAGGGCGUACUCAUACAGUAAAGGACGUGGAGAAGCAGCUCAGAAACACAAGAGAAGAUGCUUCUGAUGAGAGAUUCUGCCUUGCAAUGCUCCUCCUGAUUGAGAGCAUACUACUACAGAAGAGCCUUCUCGACGGUGGCACAACUUUUACUUUGGAUUAUGUGAAAAUAGCGCAGGAUAUGGAUGUCUUGAUGACAUACCCAUGGGGGAGAACAGCUUAUAAUUUGCUGUUAAAAUCACUUCAGAGAGCUGUCGACAAAAGCCUCGACAAAAACAAUUAUGAUUUGCAAGGGUUCCCUAUGGCAUUUCUUAUAUGGAUACUUGAGUCAGUACCUUUGCUACAGUAUGCAUUCAGUCAAGUUGUUCCUAUUCUGAGCGUUCAACCGUCUACCCCAAUAUUUUUGUGUGAGAAGUACCUUCAAAUAGCUUCUCCACAGCUGAUAGAUGUUCUCCUAAUUGAAAUCAAAGAUCAUGUAAGUUUUUACAUUAUUUUUUUCUUGUUUCUGUUUUGCCUUAUGAUUCUCCAUUUAAAAGCUAAUUAUUUUUAUGGUUUCAGCUUAAGGUCACAUGCAUCCUACCUCCUAUUUCUAAUGAUCCAGAAGAUGAUGUUUGCAUGGGAGACGAAGCUAAUAAAGAUCUGGAUGACAUGGCCGAUUUAUCCAAGAGAGGUUAUAAGUUUAAAAUUAGAGAUUGGCGAAACAUGUCAGUAGACCUAUACGGUGCUAAUGAAGAAAUAAGAAGAGCAUCUUUACUGUUUGGGAAUGGAGGGAUGAGUCAAGCUUCUACUUCGUAUCAGGAGGAGUCUUUGGAAUCAAAGAUCAACAGAAUCAGCGAGAUGGUGGGAGAUAAUUUAAGGAUCAUGAACGAUCGUUUGUGUUUGAUUGAAAAAGACAGGAAACAGAUUAAAGAACGUGUGACAAACCUAGAGAAACUACAAAGAGUUACUUCAUAUGAAACUCCAAACAAUGAGACUGACACAACUCCAUUUCAUGAGACGGCUUCCAGACAAGGUGAAGCCAAUGCAGAUCAAGCAGAUGAACAACUUAACAAUGAGGAUACACGAGAGCCUAUGAAUGAGAUCACGAAAGAGACACCUGGUUCUCCAAUAGCUCAACAGAAUAUUGAGACUCCAGUCCUUACUCCAAUUCAGACGCAGCAGGAGACUCACGAGCUUAUGAAUGAGAUCAUUUCACCAAACAUUUCCGACACACAGCCAAAUACCCGAGCUCGCAGAAAUCUUUUAACAGAGCAAAAUAAGGAUGUAGAAAGCAGAGUUCAAAAUCCCUUUGAGAUCGGAGCAAAUGUGGAGAUUUCAUCACAAGAUGACAAUACUUGUCAUAAAUGGUAUCCAGGAAAUGUGUUGGCAACAUAUUUGGUUGAUGGGGUUGAGAUGGUGAAAGUUGAGUACUUCGUCCCGUCUCUGGACGAAAAGAAGAGGAAAAGGAGUGUUGAGACACGUGUAUCAAUUGACAGAAUACGUCCUCAACCACCACCUGAGAGAUCUGGAGCGAAGAAAAGUUAUGAGCUAAUGCAGGACGUGGAGGCGUUCGACAAUGGUGCCUGGUGCGCUGGAAAAGUUAAAGUCAUUUUGUUUGAUGGCUCGUGUUUUGUCUCUUUGAACAAUUCUAAAGAACAAAUUUACUUCCACCAUUCUGAGAUGCGAAAACCAAGAAAAUGGGUAGAUGGUGUUUGGGAGAUGACAAAAAAGAUGGAAGAAGAGCAGACGCAGAGUGUGAAUCCAAGUGAAGGAGAUGGUGAUAAAAAGGGGAAGGCGAAGGCUGUCGCUUGUAAGAAAAAUGAAGCAGCUGGUCCAUCAGAAGAUGGUGUUGGGAAAAUGGCAAAAGAGAUGGAAGUAAAGCAGGGUAAGAGUGUGAAACCAAGUCAAGACGAUCAUGCAAAAAAGGGGAAGCCACAUGUUGGUAAGAAGAAGAAAGCAAAUGCUCAGCCAGUAGAUUUGCUUCCUUUUCUACAGCGAGAAGAGAAGAGGCCAAUACGACCUAGAAACCCUCCUAUACCUGUAACACCUGAGGUAAUCCUUCCAAUUGAUCCAUUUGUGACACCUGAAUUUCCUCGGUUUUCAAGGCUUGCACACUGGAUGGAUCUACGGGGCAUAUAUCGUGUACCGUUUUAUAUCAAUGGAAAAGAAAUUGAAAAAGAGUUCUUUCAAAAAAUGGACGAUGCAGAAAACAAUCUCAACAAAGAGGUAAUCAACACUCUGUUCUGUCUUCUAUUUGAUUGUGUGAUAUGUUUAGGAAGAGGUUGAGUUGAGCUAUGCUAGAUGUCCAUGUUAUAGCAGUUCUAUAUGAAGUUUCUAACUAUAUUGUUACAUUGGCAGCACAUAAAUGUUGCAUUUGAAAUGCUAAAUUGUAAGAGGGUUGAGCAAGGUGCUUGGUUCCGCAACAACAAUCUUCCACCAGCAUGCUUUGUACCAGUCAAAUUCUUAGAAGUGGUUGGGUACGCUUAUGAAUCUGUCAGGAAGCCACAUAAGAAAAAAAAAAGUUAUUGGAGGGCUGUGUAGGCGAACUUGUGAAAGGUUUAAUACAUCCAAAGAAGGUAUGGCUGGAAGAUGUUGAUGUUAUAUAUGGUGUCAUUGAAGAUAAGUUGAGCUGUCACUAUAUUGGGGUGGAGAUACAAUUGAUGGACAACACAAUCACACUCUUCCAUUGUGGUCUUCCAAAAGCAAAUAUCAAACGUGCUCUUAAUCAAAUCCAAGAACUGGCAGGUAAAAAUAUUAGCUAAUUUAGAAAAUAAAAGUUUGUCACUUGCUGCUUGUGAUUGUGAUGCAUUUUUACAUAUUCAUUUUGUUGUCUGUUGGUGAUUGAUUUAUUGUAUAAUUUUGGGUAUUUAUGACAGUGUUGAUUAGUGCCAUAAAGAUGGAACUUCUUGGUGAAGAGGUUAAUUUCGAAGAUAUCAGUCCAUUUGAAGUUAAGUUUGCAGAAGGGCUUCCAAAGACAAAAUUUCCAUACAACUGUGGUAUUUUUGUUGUGAAGAUGCUGGAAUGCAGGUCACUGGGAUUGAAGAGCAUGGCUAAUAUAAAUGAUGAAACUGCGAUGGACUUACGAAGCAAGCUAUGUUGUGAGAUCUUCGACCAGUUUAUGGAUAAAGAUUUCCAGGAAGGUCAAAGGAAGUGAAAAUGUCAUAUUUGUUCUGUUUUCUACACUGUUUUUCUACUUUGAUAUUAAUUAUCCCUAACGUUUAAGUUUAAGUUUGUAAUGAAUUAUCCCUAACGUUUUUUUCAUUUAGAUUGUUAUUGAAAAAUUUUUAGGAUGUAUUGAUGAAUUGUCAAAUGCUUAUGGUACUUUUAGGAUGGGUUUCCAGAAAAAGAGUGAGAAAGCAAAAUGCACCAAAGCCUAGCAUAUUCCUUUAAAGUUUACAAAAAAAAUGAAAAAGAAAGUGAUCCGAUGUUGAUUGAACUCGUGAACUCUCGAAAGAUGAAUCAAAGUGUGCAGCCGCUGUGCCAAGGGUGUUAUACUUGCCAAAAGAUAUAAUAAAACGAUAAUAACUUGUAACUUUUGAAUAUUUAAUUAAAAACAGAAAAAAGUGAAAAUAUACACAACGGGAUCGAACACGGCUUAUUGUGUGAUAAGGGUACACUAAGAGUAGAAGGGCUUGCCACUAGGCUAUGGUGGAUAUUCGAUAUCAGAGUAAAUGUGAACUUAUUUAUUCACAGACGAUAGAUUUAUAUGAUCUGGAUAUCAUUUUAAGUAUUCAGGAUAGCUUUCCAAAAACAAAUUCCUUUAAAGUUUACAAAAAAAAAAUGAAAAAGAAUGUGAUCUGAUGUUGAUUGAACUCGUGAACUCUCGAUAGAUUAAUCCAAGUGUGCAGCCGUUGUACCAAGGGUCUUAUACUUGCCAAAAGCUACAAUAAAACGAAAAUAACGUUUGAAUAUUUAAUUAAAAACAAAAAAAAAUGUGAGUAUACACAACGGGGAUCGAACACGACUUAUUGUGUGAUAAGGGUACACUAAGAGUAGAAGGGCUUGCCACUAGGCUACGUUGGAUAUUCGAUAACAGAGUAAAUGUGAACUCAUUUAUUCACAGACGAUAGAUUUAUAUAAUCUGGAUAUCAUUUUAUGUAUUCAGGAUGGCUUUCCAAAAACAAAUAAGCAAAUCAGAUAACCAAGUUAUAAGAACACUAGGCCAAACCAUUACAAAAUAGUGAAAAACAUUGAACAAGUUUUUUAUUUAGGUUGUUAAUUGAAGAAACAACACAAGAGAAACAAAAGUGCUUAUUCAUUUAAAAUAAAAACUGAAAAUCAAACAUAAUGUGGUCCUUAAAAACAUAAAAAGAGAAGACGAUAACAUGAAAUUACUCAUGAUGGAGCCAACUUUCGCCAAGUUUAUCCCAAUCAGGGACUUUGACCUUCACAUCAGCAAGCAUUCCUUCCGCUUCCGAGUGCUCUUCUUUGAGUUUCUCCAACUCAGCAGUUAAAUCAAAUUUUCCAUCAGCUUUGAUAAUAUCUUCAAGCAACUCGAUUUGGACAGCAAUUGAAUUUGCUUUGCUGGAUGCAAGAUUCCAAUCAUUCUCAGAUAGCCUGUAUUCGUUGGACAAACGAAGAAGAGCCCUGUAAUGUUCCACAGUUUCCUUCUUCCCCUUCUUGAAACCUUCGGCGGCAUCACAUCCGUAAACCUCCUCUAUGGGACGCUUCAUCAUCUUCUUUGAACUUCCUUCCAUUGAAACUUUGUCCUGCAACAAAAUCGAAACUAAGAUGUUACGAUAAAAUAGAAAUAGAAAAAAGUUCAUGAAUUGAAUGGAAAAUGAGAAAAAUCGAAAACUAACUUGUAUUGCAAAAGGAUAUAUCAAGCGAAAUGAAGUGAGUGAAUAAAAGGUCUGAUAUCGUCCCUUAUAUUUAUAGAACAAAAAGGAACUCUUCGAUUAUUGAAGUCAGUUAAAAUAAACUCUUGAUUAUUGUGGAACUCUUCGAUUAUUGAAGUCAGUUACUGAAAUAACCAAUCAUAUAACACCCAAUCUUGACGAAAAGAAACUCUUCGGUUACUGAGUUACAUGAUGUCGUUUGGAAGAGACUCUUCGAUUCCUGAGAUAUAUGUUUGAA